AUGUCAAUGCGAGGGGCAAAGGCUAAUAAAUCUAGUAUUGGUGUCACGAGUGAUCGAUUUAGUGAGUUCUGCAAACCUAGUUCUCAUAGUGACAUAAUUUUGUUGGUGGAAGAAAACCGCGUUUACUGCAACAAAAUAAUUCUGUCCUGUGCUUCUCCGGUGUUUGAAAGGAUGUAUUUAGGGGGAUUCAUAGAAAGGAAACAACAGGAAAUAUCGCUUCCUGGAAAGAAAUAUACAGAUUUUCUUUUUUUUCUGGAGUGUAUCUACCCUUCAACACUGGCGGAAAUAACGGAUGAAAAUGUGGAUGCCGUACUUCCUCUUGCAGAAGAAUACCAGGUUACUCAGCUGAAAAAGAGGUGUGAUUGUUUUAUCGAACGAAGAAUAACUCACAUUGACAAAGAACACGGUCAAGGCAUUAAACGUGGUUAUGUGAUCAAGAUUUGUAGAGAAAUCAUACAUUUUCUACAGCUGGCUGAUCAUUUCAACUUGGCUGAAGCUUGCAAGAUGGCCAUUGAAAAACUGGUCUAUUAUCCAUGGUCCAUAUUGCAAAGCGAUGUACAAGAGGCAAACAUAUCUGACAAGACUAAGAAUGCUAAAAGAAUAAGUAUUUAG